UCACAUCGUUGACAUUGAAUAGUUUUUCUAAUCUUUUUAAUACUUAGAUUUGCAUACUCCAUCGCUUCCUACAUUCAAAUCCAGGUCGUGAUCGGCAGUUUGCACCAACCCAGGCUAGGGUUUUAUUCUAUGCGUCCCUUUCAAUCGGAUUUCACAAAGAAGGAUUCAACCAUUAUCGCGGUCAACAAUUGACGGUUUCAGAAUUCCUUUCAAUCGAUUGAGAAUUGAGUAUUCCCUUAUCGCGGUCAACCACUCGAUUGAUAGCCGGACCAGAGUGCUACGGCAGCCCCAUCUCCGCCACACCACUCUCUGUGUUCGAUUGAUAAUUCGCAAUUGGUUUUAAGAUGGAUACGAGUUAGAUGUCUUUACCAAGAGCUACUACUGAAUAUGAAAACGGUCUUGACAAAUUUCUUGAUUUUAUCUUUUCUACCGAGGGUAAAAAUGGUCAAAUAUCAUGUCCAUGCAUUGAUUGCGGUAAUCAAAUAUGGGUUGAUCGGGAGGAGGCUAGAACGCAUCUCCAUUGUGUCGGGUUUAUUAAAGGCUACAGGAUUGCACCUUUUAUUUCCGAAUCAUGUGAAACUCCUAUGUUGGAUGCGGAAGAUGACAUGCAAGGGUUGGUGCAUGAUGCAUUCAACGAGUUUGGUGAGAACAGACAUGAAAAUGAUGAAAGUCAGAGUAUGCCAAACACAAAUGCGAAAAAGUUUUAUAAAGCGUUAGAAGAUGCAAAGAAAGAAUUAUAUCCUGGGUGUAAGAAGUUCUCGGUUCUUUCUUUUAUCAUUAGACUAUUUCAUAGUAAGUGUGUUGGGAAAUGUAAUGACAAGGGUUUCAGCAUGAUGCUUGAUACAUUGAGGGAAGCCUUCCCAUAUGCUUCCAUACCGAAGUCAUUGUAUGACCUAAGGAAGAUAAUAAGAGAAUUAGGACUUAGUUAUGAUAAAAUUGAUGCAUGUCCUAAUGAUUGUAUGCUGUACUGGAAAGAAAACAGUAAGAAAACAGAAUGUGAUAUAUGUCAUAAGUCAAGGUAUAAAGCAAAUGAAAAUGAUCCUGAUAAUGAGGUAACCAUAGCUGAUAUGGAUAAGAAGAUUAAGAAGAUUGGAGCAAAGGUUUUACGUCAUUUUCCGCUCAUACCGCGGCUGCAAAGGUUGUUUAUGUCAUCUAAAACUGCUGCCUCAAUGAGAUGGCAUGAAGAGAGUCGCACGAAAGAUGGUUACUUGAGACAUCCUGCUGAUUCCCCAGCUUGGAAAACAUUUGAUUUUAAUUAUCCUGAUUUUGCCGGUGAAUCUCGUAAUGUCAGGCUUGGUUUAGCGAGUGAUGGGUUUAACCCUUUUAGAACAAUGAGUGUUUCUCAUAGUACAUGGCCUGUUGUUUUGAUGCCAUAUAAUCUACCUCCGUGGAUGUGCAUGAAACAACCUUAUUUCUUGUUAGAAGGGGUUUAAAUGGGACCAUUGUUGACAAAAAUACCUUAGUUUUUGACGGAGAUGAAGAUCUAUUUGAAGCUGCUUCAUGAUUUCAAUUAGUUAUUUAGGGGCUGUUUGGUAGCCUCUUAAUAGAACCAUCCUUGUCAUUCUUUUCUCUCCAUCCACCCUUUACCCUCCUCGUUCAGUCACACGCCGUCCAUCGAAUUCAGGCUUAUCGCCAGCUCUAAGGCAACUUUCACAAUUUUGAUGAUGAAGGCCAGCUGCUCUUCAUGCACUAGGCCAAAGAAUGAGCAGGCCUUUUGUUCCUUCUAUAUAGAAACUGUGACAUCAAUGUGACCGGCCAAAGAAUGGCAGAACAGUUUGUAAAGGGAACAAGUCGCAACAGUUCAAAUCAAUGCUGAUGAUGGCUAGUUUAUUAUGGAAGUUUUUGUACUGGUUGGUUGGUUUAUAUAUUUUAUCUGCUAUGAAGCUUUUAAAUACUUGGGAGAUCAUGUUUGGUUAUACAAAAUUUGACAGUAAGAUACUAACAAUUCAUAAGUUGGGAUAUGGAUAUCGAUACUUUAUUAAAGAUACAAUUUAUAGACUUUUUUAUUUCA